AUGGAGAAAAGAACUACAUGGGGGUCAGUGGGAUGGUACAAGAAGGAAGGAAGGAAAGGACUUCCCCCCACCAUGCAAAAGGUAGGGAAAGUAGCCAACGAAACAAGUGGGAUGUUGCAAAAGUCUGAGGAUUGCUAUACGUUUGUCUUUUCUAUUAUAUUAUACUAUCAUAUUCCUGAAGAACAACGAUUACCUCAACAAAAAGAGUUGCUUGCUACCUUACCUACGGAAGUUCCCAGAGUUGGUGAUUCUAUUAUCCUCCUAUAA